AUAGGAAUGCACACAUGGGACGCCGUCGUUUUGCUCAUUGUUAGUUUGAUUAACAAUGCUAAAACACAGUGCGUAGAUGGUGUAAAUAAUGUGAUUACAGUGGAUUCGUACGGCGACCAGAAACUCCCCGUUCGUGUGCGUAACAUAACAAUUCUAGUAUAUGACAUUCAUUAUAAGCCUUCCUGUCACCGUGGGAAGGUCAAUGUUGUUUUGCCCGGAUACUUUCACAUAGUUUCAGGAGAAGUAGAGGUUCCUAAAGAUUAUGAUUUGCUGCCGUCAAAUCUCGUUCGAGCUACGAUUAAGCUUGGCAACAGAAUGCUCUGCAAUGAGGGCAAAAGUGGCAUGAUUAUAGUGCCAAGCUGGUUAUGUCAUUUCAACAUCUCCACAGUGAUACCUGAAGAUAUAUGCCGGAUUUUACAAAAGAAGGGACUUCACACACUAACUGAACUGCAAGAAAAACUAAACUUCAACUCUACGCUUGAACUACCACCGUCGCCCUCAUUUCUAGGAAUAACUUUAUUGGACCUUUUGAGAGGCGAAUACUACAUAAAAAUGGCACUUGAUGUCAAUAAAGAAAAGAUUAUGGAAUUCGCAAUGCCUACUGGAUUCACCGCGCUAAAGAUGGGUCUACGAGACGAUGACUGAUUAUUUGAUUGUUUGUAUAUAAUGCCUUGUAACUGUGAUUAUUUUAGUCGAAACUGUAUCUCAGUGCUUGUUGCAAUUUGAUCUGUAUUACUAUUGCGUAAGAAAUAAAACAUUCAUUGUGUC